AUGAUCGCUAAUUCUGUUCGUGUAUUUCCUCAGGAGGAUACACCUGCUCUUAUACUGCCUCAAGAGAAUAUUCCUGCUCUUGUACUGCAUCAAGAGAAUACUCCUGCUGUUGUAUUUCCUCAGGGGAGUACGUCUACUCAUAUACUUUAUCCCACACGAUUCUAUAUUCUCGGUAUAUUUUCCUUUCUUGCUUUUAAUCAAUGUGCAUUUUGGUUGACAUUCUCCCCUGUCUCACCAAGCACUCAAAUUUACUAUAAUAUUCCAUCAUCUACCGUCGAUCUCCUUCUCAAUUGGGGACCUAUCAUAUUUAUUCCAACUCUUCCACUGGUCUAUCUCCUUCUUAAUAAACGAAAUGGACUUCGACGGGCUGUCAUUGUCUUAGCUAUCGCUGGCUUAGUAUCCACUGCCCUGCGUGUUAUACCUUCGAUUGUAACAUCUCCAUCAAGUCCUCGCUUCAAAAAUAUUUCUCUUCCAUUUCUUCAUGCUGGUCAAAUUAUUAAUGCUGCUUGUGGACCUUUAGUAAUGGCACCUGUUUCUCAAUUAUCAUGUCUCUGGUUUGGUCCCGGGGAAAGAACACGAGCUACUACAUUAGCUAUUAUGGCAAACGUUUUUGGUUCAACUGUUAGCUUUCUCGUCAAUCCUGCAAUCGUCUCUCGUCCUUCAAAUCUGCCCUAUCUACUUUAUUUUCAUCUAGCUUUGGCAUUCGUAGGUGCAGUUAUUACACUAAUCUACUUUCCUGCUCAACCACCCACUCCUCCGUCAGUUGCAGCUGAAUUGCUUAUGCAAGAGGGUAAUCAAAGUUCAAAUUCCGGAUUUAAAGACUUCAUGAAAGGUCUUCGAACAUGUAUGUCAAAUUUAUCAUUUGUUUUACUUUCAACAGCUGGAGGUAUCAUGAAUGGAACCUUCGCAGUGUGGGCUGGAUUAUUUUCUUCAAUUCUCUAUCCUGAAUAUACUGAAACGCAAGCUGCUCUUAUUGGUUAA